AUGGUAUGCAGCAGCUAUCUCAGGACAGUAAUUGUGCAAGCUGUGAAUAUUCAGAAAGUCGCAGAGGGAAGAAUGAUGGUGGAUACCAGUGCAACGGGAAACCAGGGUCCAACUACUAACAAAAGUUCACCAGAGAAGGAUGAUAAUGGUGGCUGUGCAAGUGGAGGAUGGAAGAGUGAAGAUGGAAAAUUGGGAUGUGGCUAUUCAAGCUUCAGAGGUAAAAGAGCUAGCAUGGAGGACUUCUUUGAUGUCAAGACUUGCAAGAUUAAUGGGCAGACUGUCUGUCUAUUCGGGAUAUUUGAUGGUCAUGGUGGAUCACGUGCAGCCGAGUAUUUAAAGGAAAAUCUUUUCAAGAAUCUCAUGAAUCAUCCAGAAUUUUUGACAAACACCAAAGUGGCCAUAAGUGAGACUUAUCAGCAGACUGACUCAGACUUCUUGGAGUCUGGAAAAGAUACGUUUCGUGAUGAUGGUUCUACUGCUUCAACAGCAGUUUUAGUAGGCAAUCAUUUGUAUGUUGCUAAUGUUGGAGAUUCUCGAACUGUCAUAUCAAAGGCAGGAAAAGCUAUUCCUCUUUCCGAGGAUCACAAACCAAAUAGAAGCGAUGAGAGGAAGAGAAUUGAAAAUGCUGGUGGAGUUGUGAUGUGGGCAGGUACUUGGAGGGUUGGAGGUGUUUUAGCAAUGUCACGUGCUUUUGGAAACCGUAUGCUGAAGCAAUUUGUUGUUGCAGAACCCGAAAUCCAGGAACAAGAACUGGAUGAGGAAUUUGAAUUACUUGUUCUUGCAAGUGAUGGUCUCUGGGAUGUUGUACCAAAUGAGGAUGCUGUGACACUGGCAUUGUCAGAAGAAGAGCCUGAGUUAGCUGCUAGAAAGUUGAUAGAAACUGCUUUUAGCCGAGGAAGUGCUGAUAAUAUCACUUGCAUUGUAGUCAGGCUUUAUCAUCAUCAAUCUCCACCACCUACAAUAGACCCCCCUCAAAUCCAAACUGAUGAUACCCAAACCCAAACCCAAACCCAAACUGAAACUGAAAUCCAAACCCAAAAUGAGAAUGAGAAUGAAACCAAGACUGGACCAAUAGAUGGCUGAAUGAUUGAUUUGGUUGGUGUUGUAUGAUGAUGACUGAAGUAGGGUCUGAAGCUCCAAGGGUGCGUUUGUGCGUGCAUAUUGUUCGUAGCUGUUGAUACAUGUGUUUAUCAUCUUGUCAUCUUAAGUGAACCCCAAAAACGACUGUCUGUUUGUUUGUUUAUCUGUCUGUCUCUUGAACGCUUAUCUUACCCGUCCACCUACCUACCCGGUGUAAAUUGUGUCUUUUUUAUUUUUUUUUUAAUUUUUUUAUCUUAUGGUUUUUUUAUCAACAAUAAUGCGACAUUAAUUAAUUAUUCAAGAAUCUUUUUAUUUGCUACAUGGAAUGGAUCUU